CACAAAUAACACGAGAAAAUUAUUUUAAAUUAUUAUUAAAUUUAUAUUUCAAUACAAAUAUGGAUUGUGUAUUUUGCUGGCAAAAUAAUUCUUCGCAACUACAACAAAAUGUAGAACUAAAAAAUUCAAAAUAUUGUAAAUUAUAUGCGAAACAUGAAAAUAUGGUUGAGAAACAAAUACAAAAAUAUGAACAUUGCAAAACUUUAUAUACCAAAUGUGAUUAUUACCUGGAGCAGUGGGUGCAUGAAUAUAUACUUAAAUUAGAGAAACUUUUAAAAGACCACCAAAAACUGGUAAAACAAGAAAUGGAAAUGCAAAAAGAACUUAUAAAUGACAUGUGGAUACAAUCUCAAAGAUAUUUAAUUUUAACAAGUGGAGUAUGUGUCAAACCCUUCCCUGAAAUUGUAUCCUUGCCCACUGAAAACAGGGCCUUAUGCAGAUUUCAUACAAAUUUAAGAAAAAUCAAUGAAUCAAAUUGUCUUUUAGCAUUGUCUAUGGAAAAUAUACGAACUUGCCAAACUGAAUUAAACCGCCGCUGCGAACAGCUAGAUACUACAGUCGAAAGUCCAUUUAUGAAAGGCUCCUGUUCGUUGAAAUCUUUAUUUUACAUUCGAAACAUUUUGGCUGAUUUAUUCCACUACUUUUAUAGCAAUUUAUGCAAACUGAAAUGUUGGUCCCAACUUUUAGACCCUGGAGAUUCUGUGUCCAUAGAAGAUUAUAUGAAUUUGAUUAAAUCAAACAAGGAAUGCGAUUUAAUGGAAAAUUUAAAUAAUUGCUCAUGUUUGCGUUCAAAACGAAAGGAAUGUAUUAAUUCUCCUAAAACAUGUUAGAUUGGAAUUAUAUACACAUA